AUGGCUAACGUGGAUGCGGCGCUUUUGGAGCUUGCCGUUGCAUGCAGAGUUCCGCAGGAGUUCCACUUCGUGCUGGAUGGUUAUGACGUGCCGCUGUUUGGUUGCCUAGCAGCCUCACACUCGGAAGUGGAUGCCUCAAUCGAGGUACUGCUGGAGGGGGCCGCCUUGCCUGCGGAAUCCACCGAGAAACUACGUCUUAUGUCAUCCUUCCGCCUGCUGUUUCAGAAGUGUCAGUCUGUGACUGCAACUGGUUCGAAUGCGGGGAGUGCGGCCCACGCAAGCAUGACAUCCAAUGCAGCUUCAUGGGUAGACUCUUUCCCGGCAAAAUUGACAGGUGAGGAAGUGGUGGAACUCCGCCUUGAGUUCGAGGCUUCGUACCCAGGAGAGGUCUUGGAUGCGGAUAACACCCCAGGUCACCGGCUCUUAGCGUUGGCCGCAAAGCUUGUUAAACCAGGUGAGAUGCGGUGGGUGGCUUGGAAACAUCGGAUGAGCAAAUCCCAAGAGGAGUCUUUCGCUCUGCGCAGGCCGGCAAAAAUCCCGAGGUUGGAAGAGCUGGUGUACGACGAGAUACCUUCAAGAGAGCUACCUCAAGGCCAAGUCGGCAUGACCUUCCUGCAGGGCAUCUUGGGUCUUUUGUGCAUAUCACUCGCCUUCGUUAAGGGGGCUCACCUUCAGAGUCUGCGGCUUUACGAGCGCAAGUUCAUCCGCUUGGCCUGCCAGCGGCAUGAGGCAUCUUCAGGGCUCCGAAGCCCGAAUAUGGAGGAGCUUCAGGCGGCAGACAAGCACAUUUGGGGCUUGAUUGCGGAUUUGGUCAGUGUCCACAAGUGGAGCCUGAAUGAUGCACUGACGGAGGUAGUGCAAGUUCGCGGUGACUUGGCUGCCAUGUUGCAGCCUCGCAGCCAAAUCUUGAAGAUCAACAGGCAGCCUUUCAAAGGCAAUGGCAAGGGGAAAGACUCCCCUGGUGGUAAGAACGGCAAGGGCAACAAGGGCAAUGGCACCAACAGUCAACGCUGGAUGCUUUCUUACACGGACUCCAAGGGUCAACGCAAACAAUUGUCACAGUCGGUGGCGGAACACUCCGAUGUGCGGACUGGUCGAUCCAGCGAACUUCCGUCGCCGACUUCAGCGGAUUUUUCUUGGGAAGCUUGCUUGGCUAUCCUGCAGACUCACUGUUUGGGUGAUGCUCCUCUCUACCGAGAUACAGUUCUUGCAGGUGCGCGAUCUCGAGCACAAUAUUUCAAUUUUGGGGCGAGAGCGGGCUCCAAUGCGGGGCUUUGCAAAGGCACAGCAGAAAACGCAGAAUUCGUUGAGUACCUGAACAUUUUCCUUCGGCAGAUUUUUCCAGACGGCACAUGGUCCAGCUUCUGUGUCAGUCACAAUGAGUUCGCUCACAUCCACGUGGAUAAGAACCUUCCGGGAUCUUUGAAUUAUUCAUUCAGUGUUGGGGCUUUUGAGAAAGGCGGUUUGUGGGUGGCUUUGCCGCCAGACGAACUUCCUCACCUUCCACGAGUGCCUCCGCCGGACACAUCAGCUGAUGCCUCGCUGUUGGGUUGCAUAGUUCAGACCAGGAGGUGUGGUUUUUCUUGGGAUGGCCGCAUUGCUCAUUGUUCGGAGCCAUGGGUUGGUGACAGAUGGGUCGUGACGGCCUAUACUUCUUGCACUUGGGGUUCAAUGCCGGACCCGGAUCUUCGCUCUUUACGUGAUCUUAUGUUUCCGCUACCAGGCGACGCCAUGGUGAUCGACGAGGCGGAGUGUGAGUCUCGGGCUGCCAAAAUUGACCAGGCACAGCUGGGGCUACCAGUGGCAAUCAUGCCUCCAGACCUUGAUGCAAUUCGAGGAAAUCUUUUUCUGGAGAUCUGUUCUGGGCCAAAUCGGCCUCUGUCUGCUGCCCUCCUGGCGAAAGGUGUUUCAGUGCUUUCGAUCGACAUUCUUUUGCAUGAAGAUCACAACUUGUUGAAUGACUCCACUUAUGACAGCCUCAUGCGGCUAUGCUACAGCGGACAGGUGAAUCUGGCACACGCCUCUCCACCUUGCACGGAGUACUCCAGGCUCAAGCUCCGGGCAGAUGGUGGCCCCAGGGCGCUUCGCACUCCAGAACACAUGUCUGGCGUUCCUGAUUUGAGUCCGUCAGAGCGGCAACGUCUGGAGCAAAGUAAAAAAGUGCUGGUUCGUACAAUCAAUUUGCUGCUGGCAACAUACUGCGCUGGAGGGCAUGUUAGUCUGGAAAACCCUUUGAACAGCAUGGCAUGGUUGGAGCAGGAAGUCCGAGAAUUUCUGCAACACAUCAACGCGGACCUGAACUGUGACGGAGGUGGGAUCUACUCAAUGCCGGAUUGGAGUUUUCCUCCAAGCGGCUGCAAGGACCUCCUAGGGGGAGUGCGUAAGCAGCUUGUGGAGUACCUUUUCCACAUCAGGGCCCCAUUGCGAUUGCGCGCCCAUGUGGAGUCCGAAAGCGAACUCCCGCUGUUCACAGAGACUGAGGUUCCGCAGUUCAGGGAGAUCUGGCAGCAAUGGUUCAUGCAACAGGGUGUGCAAUCAAUCGAUUGGAGCGUGGCUGAACAUCAACCUUACUCGCUGCUGGCCUUACAAAGCCUCUCUCGAGCCUUGCAAGACAGAGAUGAUGAACUCUUUCCAGCAUUGAUUGCGGGUGUUCCCACAGGUUUCUUCUCGGAUAUCCCACCCAGUCACGUUUUCGUUCCGAAGCACAAGGAUGACUCUUCCGAAGCCCCGGCGGAGCUUGUGAUCUGUGAUCGCAACUGGAAGGGGGCCAGCGAAAAUCCCAAAAUCCUUUCGGAAUUGAUUGAUAAGGAGAUUUCAGAGGGUUUUCUUCUUGAAGAGCUUGAUCUUGCUUCAGCUCAGCAGCGCUGGGAGAACAUCGCAGUUGCCAAGCUCAACGUGGUUUUGGCGGACUUGUCAGCUUUCAGCUUGGACAUUCGCGCGGCUCACAAAACGAUCCGCAUUCGGGAGAAGGACCGUGGAUUGGCGGGGAUCAAGCUUGAGGACGGUCGACACCUGUGGUACCGAGUUUGCCCAUUCGGCACAGGUUUCAGUGCUCUGUGGUGGGCACGAUUGUCUGCUUUCAUGAUCCGAACCUUUCAUCUCUUGAUCUGGUUGUGUCACGCUUUAGGCAUCUUUGUCGACGACCUAUUGCUGUGGCAAGGCGACAAAGCAAUCGAGAUUUCAGGCUGCCUCAUCCUCAGCUUUUGCCAAGCUUACAAUGUGCCGCUAUCGUGGCACAAACUGCAGUGCGGGUACAGAGUGAAGUGGAUAGGAUGGCUAUUCAAUUUCAGAUCAGGGACUUUCAGUCUGCCAACCGACAAGAUUGAGAAGAUUCUUCGUUCAGUGCGGGUCGUUCUGCGGCCAGGCAACGUGGAUCGCUGCGAUCUUGAAAAAACGGUGGGUUUGCUUCAGUGGGUGAGCCAGAUUUCUCCUGAACUCCGCCCCUGGAUGGCAUUCUUGUGUUACCAUCAUGUGGAUUCUGGCGAGUGGCACUUGCUGCAUGAGUACUUGGAUGAUAACCUGCGGUUCACCAGCCAACCUCCAGGCACAGCUAUUCCACGAGGUGCUCGUCUUUUGUCUGCCAGGCACAUUGAGCUGCACUCCAAGCAGGACUUGAACAAAGUUCCUCUGACUUCACGUCGGAUAUAUAUGCGUAUCUCUGAUCCCAAACAUCCCAAGCGCAAGCUUUCGGAAUGCAGCCGCAAGUUCAUGGAAUUUUGGGAAUCAUGGUGCAUGCGCAGCCCAUUGGAACAGUGCCUGCACCUUCCUCCACGGAGCAUUGCCUGUACCUUGGCUGCGGAUGCUUGUGCUCAGGGUUCCUCUAUCGGGAUACGUGGUUUUCUGCGUGUUGAGGGCUCACCCGUCUUGUGGUUCAGCGAGCGAUUUGAGAAGUCGGAUUUCGAUGACUUGAACAUCCCUCUCGACAACAACACUCAGAAGAAUAUUGGAUGCUGGGAGCUCCUGGCUCAAAUUGCUCUGGCACUUCUUUUCGCAGAGACUUGCCCGGGCGGACGAUGCAGGCUUCAGCUGCGUACUUUCUGCGACAAUGCCUCUGCACAGGCAUCGGCAAAUCGUUUGAUGACUACGUCAUCCCCGCUCUGCUUUUUCGCUCAGCAACUGGCUUUUGUCGCUUUUAGACACGGGAUUACCCUGGACGUGCACCACAUUUCGGGCUUCCGCAACGAGGAGGCAGAUUACCUGUCCCGCUGGAACGGCACGGACCCUCUGUUGCCCGAGUUCGCUGAAACCUUUCGCUAUCGCUACCCAGUCAAGCGCAUGUGGCAGUCUGACCAUGAUGUGAGAGUGUUCCCGAAGGGAUCCCGGCGAAAGGCCAAGAUCGGAGUCACGACGGUCAGAGGAGCCAAGCGCAACUUCUUCGUCGAUGCGGACGAGCCCCGGCUGAUCUACCGGAUCGAGGAGGGCAUGCUGUUGUAUGUCUUCUCGACUGCGGGGGGCCUAAAGCUAGAAGAGAUGAUGGCGCUCGCCGACCGCAGCUACACCGGCAACCACACCAGCAGACGCAGGUACGUCAGCGUUCCUACGGCCCCGGGACAGCCGGUUGCGUUGCAAAAAACUGAGUGCGUGAAUGCUGUUCUGGCCUCGCGUCCGGACCUCUUCUUGCUCGGCCUGAACCACAUCGCUGGCGCCCCGCUCCUCAGAGUGCUCGCAGGGGGAGUGCCUGUUUCUGCUCCCCGCCCCGCCCGUAUCACCGGCUGCAGGGGCGUCUUCCUCAUCGCGUGGUCUGGACCUUGGGCGGUUGCAUCUGAAGCCGCAGCGCUGUCUGAGUGUGAGUGGGAGGAGCAGGCGCGGCUGCGCGACUUUGCUAUGGAUGUGGCUGCAUAUCACAAGAUGUCGCGCUUGAUACAUCCCGACAAGAACGGCAACUCAGCGAAAUCCAACUCGGCCUUUAAGCAGUUGCAAGCUGUGUGGGCGGUGCGGAAUUUCCUUGUGGGCAUGCUCCCUUCGAUCCGACAGCGGCCGCUGACGUGGGAGGAGCAGCGUUUCUUGGAACAGGAAGCUCUCGUGUCGCGCAUUGCCGAGGCUGCUACUUCGUCCCCGAGCGUCUCCUCGAGCGACCGGGUGCCGGUGGCCGAAUCUCCUUCCGAUGCCCAGGACUCUGCUCAAGCACCUCCCGGCGCCUAUGCUCCUCCGACCGAGGCGCAGCUCGCGCGCUUGGAAAGACCGGGAAAAACAGAAAGGACAGCUCUGCAAGUGUCGGAGUUGUCUGGGGACUUGAAACCACCAAGUUCGGCGGGAGUGGAUUUCCUCCGACCGAGGCGCUGCUUCGGGAAGUCGUUUGACACCUUUGAUGGUUUUGAUGCCCCUGUCAGACUGGCCCCGAACCAUCGAGCGCGGGCUCCGAGCCAAAGACCGAAGAGCCAGCGGUGCAGUGCGAGCCAAAGUCCGAAGAGCCAGCGGUGCAGUCCGAGCCAGCUCAACGAGGAGUUCGCGGAGCCCCCGGAGGAUCAGAACCUGACGGAGUACAAGCUCUUCUGGGAGAGGGUGGACUGCGUGACGAUCUUGGAGGCCUUGCAUCUCGACGCGCUUCUCCAAACGGGCGGUCAGCAUCGGGGCCGACGGGGUCGGCUGGGUGCCGGUGCUCAUGCGGCCGGGGCGCCGCCCGCCGGGCAUGCGGAGCAGGCUACCUUCAUCCACAAGCUCCCCCCGGAGAUCCAGAAGGAGCUGAAGCUUGGGGUGCCGGAUCAGCUGGUGGGGCGGUCCGCCUUCGCGUUCAUGAAGUUGAUCAGGUACAUCGUGCGGUGCAGGCUGGACUCGGUCGAGGUGGACAUCUGCAACGCGUUCUUUCAGCUGCUCCACAAGGUCGUCCCGCUGCCGGGGGCCUUGGCAGAGUACCUGGACCGCCGCGAGGAGAAGCUCGAGGCCAUCGGGGUCUGCCGCCGAAGGAGCGGCGGAGAGAGGCCAAGCGCUCGCGUCAUCGAGGUUGGCAGCCGUCCCGUACACUGCAAGGCGGACCUCCCUCCGCAGCCUAAGUCCUCCGGCCCUACCUGGGUUCGCCUUUCAGAUCCCACGUGCCCGGAGAUUCGACUAUCCAAGUCAGCACGGGACAGCCUCCAGCCGACGCCAUGGCUGAAGGAGAGGUUCGCCGCAUCCUGGAGUAUGGAUGAGGUCCGACAGACCUGGCCAUUCCUCGCGAAAGAUGCCCAAAAGUACAUAGCCUGUUUCGAGACGCUAGCCCAACUAGCCUUGGCCAUGACGGCCCGGGAGCGGCACCCCUUUACCCAGUUUGCUGUCUGCUUGCCCUCACAGAGCGAUAACACGCCUUCAGAAGCCGGGGUUAAUAAGCUGUUCACAACCAGCUGGCCACUUUCUCAGUUCCUUCAGCUCAUAGCCUCUUGGUCGUCCUGCCACGGGGUCAACCUUCAAGUGUCCCACGUAGCUGGUGGGCCGACGACCUUAGCCGCGGUCGCCUUCAAGCCUUUAACCAUAGACAGCAGAAACGGGUCCGCAUACCGCUGGAACGCCUGGCGUCAGCCUCCGUCGGAGGCCUCUUGGGCAAGCGCCCAUCAAGUGCCUAGCCCGCUUUUGCCACGCCAGGACUGA